AUGGCAGCUUCCCCACCUUCAUUGCGUUCUUCUCAUCAUCCUUAUUCUUCCUACUCCGGGAAAUGGGAAUAUGACGUCUUCUUGUGUUUCAGAGGGGACGACACCCGCGCUGGUUUUACAAGCCACCUCAGGGCUGCUCUCCGCGACAAGCAAAUCAAAGUCUUUAUCGAUGACAUGCUCAACAAAACUGAGAGCAUCGAUGAGCUGAUCUCCGUCCUCCAAAGAUCUGCACUCUCAGUUGUGAUUUUCUCGGAGAAUUUUGCAGAUUCAAGCUGGUGCUUGAAUGAAGUGGCCACCAUUUCUCAAAGCAUGUUAGAAUUCAGACACCGUGUGCUUCCAGUUUUCUACAAAGUGGAUCCCUCUGAUGUUAAAGAUGAUUCUGGAAGUUAUGCGGCUACUAUUGAGCAGAAAUAUGGAGCCAGACCUCCGAAAAAGAGAAAAAACAAACAUGGAGCUAGCAAAUCUCCAGAGGACAGGAAGAGAUGGAUGGAUGCUUUGAAAGUUGUGGCUAAUUGUGCUGCCCAUACUUCACAGGCAAUAAAGAUUGAUUCUGAAUUACUUGAGGCAAUAGUCAACAGUGUUUUGAAAAUACUUGUAGACAUGUCACCGAGAGUGAAGUCUGAUAACUUGAUUGGCAUAGAUGCUCGCGUUUCUGAGGUUGAACAACUAAUAGCUAUGAACAUGAAUGAUUUUCGGAUUAUUGAACUUUUUGGGAUGCCUGGUGUAGGAAAGACCACUCUAGCUACAGCUUGCUAUCAAAGGCUUAUAUCCUUGACAAACGGAAUCAAGCAUCAAUUUGUUCGUAACAUCAACCAAAGGUGUGAAAUGGAAAAUGGAAUGGAAGGAAUCAUAACAAAACUCUAUUCAGCGCUGCUGUCUGAGAGUAACAUAAAUUACGAUGAUUUGGAUGUUAGUUAUAGAAGGAGUCGUCUUUCCCGUUUGAGGGUGUUCCUUGUUUUGGAUGAUGUGGGAACUUUGUCACAAUUAGAGCAAUUGUUGUUGGGAGAUCUUUUGAGUUCUACCCAUCUUUUUGCCCCUGGAAGCAGAAUUAUUCUGACAACAAGAAACCGAAUGGUGCUUGGAAAUGUAGGGGCUAGGAUUUAUCAUGUUGGUUGUUUGGAUUAUAAUGAAUCUGUUCAACUCUUUGGUAUCCAUGCAUUUGGACGAAGCCUACCACCCGAUGAUUGGAUGGAACUAUCACAUUGGGCUCUAUCAUAUUGCAAGGGAAACCCUCUAGCCAUAAAAGUUUUUGGUUGUACAUUAUCUGGCAAGGGCAGAGAAUAUUGGGUGAGUUUCUUGAAUGACCGGCAGAUUCCAACCCCAGGAAUCCAUGAAGUUUUUAAGAAAUGCUACAACACACUAGGAGUUGAGGAAAAUAGAUUUUUCUUGGACAUUGCUUGUUUAUUCUACGGGACGACCAAAUCCUUAUUGAUAAAAUAUUACCAAGCCCAUUAUGUACUCGAGAAUCUAAUUGAUAAGUCCUUCUGCAUUUCUGUGGCGGGUGAUAUUGGUGAGGGGAUUUACGUGCACGACUUGCUAAGGGAAACAGCUUGGAGCAUUGUUAAUGAAGAACCAAAACUGGGAAACCGCACCAUGUUGAAGAAUGCUGAUGAUAUUCACCAACUACUAACAAGAAGCUCGUCCUUAAAUGGAGGUAGAGUCACUGAGGGCAUAUAUUUGGACCUUUCUGAAGUCAAUGAGAUGCGUCUGGAAGCCAAAGCCUUCGAUGGGAUGACUUCUCUUAGAUGUCUCAAGUUCCUCUGCCCAAGAUAUGAGAAUGGAGCUAUCAAAGUUCGUGUACCAUAUGGUGGCCUCGACUUCCUUCCUGACAGCCUAAGGUGGUUGCGGUGGGACAUAUUCCCUUCCAAAUAUCUGCCGUCAACAUUUUCUCCUGAAAAGCUCGUCACACUUUCUCUUCGUGGUAGCCCAAUACUGGAAAGAUGCUGGGAAGUUGAGCCGCCGCUUGUGAAUCUAGUGUGGCUUGACCUCUCCCACUGCAUAAAUUUAGUUGCAAUCCCGAACCUGUCAGGGUCUCAGAAGUUGGAGUACCUACUUCUCCAGGGGUGUAAAAGCCUUAUUGAGAUCCCAUCUCAUCUUCAAGAUCUGGACAAGCUUGUAGCAAUGUUCCUUGAUGAUUGUACAAAUCUGAGGAGCCUUCCGCCCAAAUUCAACUCGAAGUUCUUCAAGUCUCUUUGGUUGGCCAACUGUCCCAAGAUUACUCGUUGUCCAGAGAUUAAUUCAGGAGAGUUGGUGUCUUUGAAUUUACUGGAGACUCCCAUCAUAGCCUUGCCGAGUGCAAUUCAUGAUAUCAAGCAAGGUGGCCGGCUAUAUCUAUGCGGUGAACACAUCACCAGCUUCCCUGUGAUUUUAACAAGCUUGAAAGAGUUUCGAUUGUGCCAUACCAGAAUAAGAGAAAUGGAUUGUUAUGACUAUGAUGAUGAUCAGCAGAAUUCUUUGCCAAGAUUUGUUCGAUUGGAUUUGGUCUGCAACCCCCAACUCAAGGGCUUGUCAAGGAAUAUAUGGAAGAUGGUCUCUCAAACUCUCACUCUCCAGAAUUGCCCGUUGAUUGAAACUUUGCCAGAAAUCUCACAGCCUGUGACUGAAUUAACUCAGCUUAGUAUAACAGGAAGUCGAAACCUGAAGAGUUUCCCUACUGGUAUCAACAAUCUGAGCUCCUUGCUGCAGCUUGACUUUGAUGGCACGGCUAUUAAGUCUCUUCCUUCUGCUAUCCUGGAACUUGACCAACUCUCCAUUUUGAAUUUGUCUUUCAACAAAAGCUUGGAGUUUAUUCCGAGCGACAUCAGUAAACUUGCCAAUUUAUCCUUGUUGUGCUUAGCAGGCUGUUCGAGGAUUCUAUCGUUGCCGGACCUCCCACCCAAUCUUCUAACUUUGACUGUAAGUGGUUGUGAAUUGUUACAAGCCUUACCAAGCAACAUAGGCAGACUGAGAUGGAAGGAUUUGUACUUUGAAGAUUGCUCCCAAUUGGACACGCAUCUGCCUAAAGAAAUACUGAAUAAUUUCCCUGAUCAUGCAGCAUCGAAUCUACACCCUCAAGGUGUUCUUCAAUACUCGGGGAGUGAGUUUCCGGAAUGGUUUGCCUACUCAAGUGUGGAUUAUAAGAAUGAUUCAUGUAUGAUGGUGCAAUUGCCUCCUCCAAACUCCACCAUCAGACGGCCAAUCAAAGGGAUUGCAUUUGGUGUUGUGUGUUCUUCUGAUAUUGGGCUCGUUCUGAUGUCUAUCACUUGGGAUUCCAACUUUGGCACCAGUGCCGCUGCCUCUUGGAGUUCUCCUGGUUCUGGUUUGACCCAAUCAGAUAAUGUAUUUAUAUGGUAUGAGAAGAACUUGUUUGGUGAGAUCAAGAAAGGAAUACCAGAAGAAGCAGAACCUUGGUAUGAGAGAUAUGCUGGGCGUGCUGUUUCCUUCAGAUUUUCCCUUCAACCAGUGAGGGGAGAAGAUCCGGAGAAAUUAAAGAGCAUCAAAAUCAAAACUUUUGGCGUCUCUCUACUGUACUAACUGCUAGCUCAUAGUUUGAUGGGAAUGAGGAAAAUGGACAAAGUUUUGGCGUGUCCCAUUUUAGACUUUCUUUUUAGAUAUUGUUUUUUUUUUUUUUUUACUUUCUGAAAUUCGUUGGUUGUUGCUUAAUCAAAAACUUGACUUGGAUCAUACAAAUCAAAACCUGUGCAUUUCUCCUUUUAUAAAUGAACUGAA